UUAAAAGAAUAAAACUAAUGAAGUUGAUAUUAUUUAAUAGAUCACUUUAAUCUUUUAGUUAUAAAUAGUAAAUGAAAAGUUGAUUUUUGCAACAAUGAAAAUAAAAUUCUAGCAACAAAUGUCUCUUAAACACAUUCAGAAUUUGGAUUGUACAGUGAAUAAGUUUAUAAAUAGAUUUUUAAGUGUAAAUUAAGUGCCAAAUAUAGUUGUUAUUCUGAAGAUAAUUUUAAUAUCCAACUAGUGUUGAAAUACUGUGAAUGAAGUUUAGCUUUCUAUUUUCUUUUCUUUGCUGGUAUAUUAUUAUUCAUGUGAAUACUGAUCAACUGAUUUCCUUUGGAGGAGGGAGUGAACCAUGUGCUUCAUCAACAUUAAUGAGUAUUGGGGCACUAGGAAGAGAAGAAAAUAAAAAACAUUCUGCGGCUUUUAUAAACACAUUAAGAAGACUUUGUGUAAAAAUUGUUAUUUUCAAAAUCUAUAUUCAUUACAGCAAUGCCAAUAAGGCUGGUAUUGGAUAUGUGGGGAAGACAUUUGAUGAUCUGUUGUGAAAGCUUAUAAAGAACAUGAAGUAAGGAGUUCACAGGGAAAUCCUUUUCUAUUUUUUGACAACUGACUCUAUUACCUGUGUAUAUAUUAGUGUUCAUCUAUUUUGUAUCCUGGAAAUAUCACAUGUAUAUGUGCAGUGUUCUACUACUAAGAUAAGUUUUAAAAGAGAUUAUUAUUGGAUGAAAUUUUCAUUUGGCUGUUUGUAUUAUGUAAUAAAAAGUUUAGUCUCUUUCA